UAUAUAACACACGGAGAUGCAAGCACCGGAUCGAGAAAGAAGACUCAACGACAGCAGAGAAGAUCACAUAACCAACUGGAAACAGGACAGAAGUUUGUGGAACAAAGCGGAUCGACAGAGGCAUCCAGCAUGCGCGCCCUGGUGCUGUUUCCCCUGCUGCUGUGUGCAGUGGCGAGUGUGGUCCAGGUGGGAGCGGAGGUGAAGGCGGUGAAGCUGUGCGGGCGAGAGUUCCUGAGGGCUGUCGUUUACACCUGCGGAGGAUCCCGUUGGAGGAGAUUCCCCGUCGAGUCAGACACGGAUGAUUUGUCCACAGGGGAUCAGAGCAGUUUGGAGAGUAGCGGCCCAGGCUCCCAGUUGACCAGACGAGAUAUUAACAACAUACUGACCACAGUGUGCUGCCAGGUGGGCUGCAGGAAGAGCGACCUCGCCUUCCUCUGCUGAGGCCUCCAUCUUCUUCUCUCCAAAAUGACUUCUCUCUCUCUCAGAUAAAUCUGAUUCAAAAUGCUGAUGGCUUGAAAACACACAAUCGCUGUAUUGUUAUGUACAGUUGCUUUUAAAAUUGAUGUUUUGGCGAGUUGUUACUUUAGCUUGUGUUGUUUGUAGAUGUGAACGUGUGGAACACAUCUGUGGAUCCGUCUCUGAACCCCAUGUGGAUGAUACAUGCAGCCAUAAAAACACGUUGUAUUGUGAUAUGAAUAAAGCUACAUGGCACCAGUU